AUGGAUAUACUCACACUUCUCCAAUCUCCACAGAGCUAUCUGUGGGCAUUGCUGUUGGGUGUUGUCCUCCAUCUGGCCUUGUUUCGCUGGGGCGAAUGGGACUUGUCUGCGCCAGCUUUGAUCACGUCCUUUUGCACCACACAGUUACUUCUCAUUGGAUUUCUGACCGCCUAUGCGCCGUCAUUAACAGCCACCCUACUCGCCGUACUCCAUGUGUCAGCUCUCGGUAUAUGCGUUCUCGUGGGCACGUUCACUAGCAUGUUUAUAUAUCGUGGAUUUUUUCAUCGACUAUCCAAAUUUCCUGGCCCUUUCUGGGCACGGGUGUCUACCCUAUACCCGACGUCCCUUUCCGUCAAGUCCAAGUUGCAUCUUUAUGAAGAGGUUCAAGCCUUGCACAGACAAUAUGGGGAUUUUGUGCGACUCGGACCGAUGGAGUUGUCGAUUGCUGAUCCACGCGCCGUUCUAGCAGUGAACUCAGCGCAAACUCCCUGCACUAAAGGACCCUGGUACAAUGGAAUGCGACCACGAGUGGCCUUGCAAAACAGCCGAGAUAAGCAAGAGCAUGCACAGCGAAGGAAGGUCUGGGACCGAGGAUUUGGUGCUAAAAGUCUUCGCGAUUAUGAGCCCCGCGUAGUCUCAUACACGACUGGCUUGAUGAAUGUAAUUGAGGCUCAAAAGGGCAAACCAUUCAACAUCAGCGACUGGUUCAACUUUUACAGUUUCGAUGUCAUGGGCGACCUCGCGUUCGGUAAAUCUUUCGAUAUGGUCAAGAACGGCGUCAAACAUUACUUCAUGAACUCACUCAAGACGAGUAUGACCAUGGGAGGCUACUUUAAACAUGUGGUUUGGAUAGCACCGAUAUUCAGAUCGAUUCCGAUCCUCAAUUACGAGCAUAAGAGAUUCUGGGAUUUUGUGAACAGCCAAGUGGAUGAGAGAAUGAAGAUGAAACCCGAUAAACCGGACGUUUUCUCAUAUCUGCUGGAAGAAUAUGAAAAACAGGAGCCGAAAGCAGCUCAGGGCCUUUUGAAUCUUCAAGCCGAUGCCUAUCUGAUUGUCGUCGCUGGAAGUGACACUACCGCGUCGACGCUGACCACCCUCUUCUUCCACCUGGCAACCGAACCGCAUCUACUGACUGAGCUUCGGAAACACGUGGAUCAACUGUUUGAGAGCGGUGAAGUCGAUUCGAUCGCCCUAUCGAAGAGCAAACACUUGGAUGCUGUCAUCAACGAGGCAUUGCGUCUCCACCCUCCCGUGCCUUCGGGCGUGCAGCGAUUGACUCCCCCUGAAGGCAUGAUGAUCGGCGACACCUUUGUUCCUGGGAACACGAUUAUAUAUCUUCCCUUCUACACUUUGUUUCGAGAUGAGCGAAAUUUCCGGAGACCAGACGAAUUUAUUCCCGAACGAUGGACCACUAAACCAGAGCUGACCGUGGAUGCUUCGGUGUUUGUUCCGUUUUCGUACGGCCCAUAUAGCUGUAUUGGCAAACAGCUCGCCUUGAUGGAGCUUCGAUAUGUCACGGCUUACAUAGUGCAUCAGUACGACUUCGCCCUGGCCCCAGGGGAGGAUCCAGCCAAGUUCACUCGGGACAUGACGGAUGGCUUUACCCUGGCCUGCCCACCUCUUAACUUUAUCUUCACCGAAAGGAAAGCGGCUUGA